GCGGGGCGGAGUUUCGCGGUCUCCAAAGUAACAUCUUCUCCUGUUAACGGGCUGGUUGUUAGUGGCAGCGAUGGAUUCUGAAAGCCUACUUCUCUCCUUGGAGCUGGCAUCAGGCAGCGGGCAAGGUUUAAGCCCCGACCGUCGAGCUUCACUGCUCACCUCCUUGCUUCUUGUUAAGCGUGAUUACCGCUACAACCGGGUGCUGUUCUGGGGCCGGAUCCUCGGCUUAGUCGCUGACUAUUACAUCGCGCAGGGCUUGGGCGAUGACCAGCUUGGGGACCGCAAAAGCCUAUACAGUUUGAACUGCAUGGAAUGGAGCCUCCUGCCACCAGCAACAGAAGAGAUGGUCACCCAAACAUCUGUGGUGAAGGGUCGCUUCAUAGGGGACCCUUCACAUGAAUAUGAGCACAUUGAGAUGCAGCGUACCACUGAAGGAGAAAAGACGUAUGAAGACGAAGUGAUGAUCCAAAUCAAGGAGGAAUCUCGCCUGGUGUCGAUCAUUGACCAAAUUGACAAGUCAGUCGCUAUCAUGCCUCGUGGAGCCCUCUUUAAGACUCCCUUUGGACCUGUCCAUGUCAAUAGGACCUUUGAAGGAUUGACUCUGGCAGAUUCUAAGAAGCUCAGUUCCUACUUCCAUUUUGUGGAGCCUGUGGAAUUGAAGAACAAAAGCCUGCUAGAGAAAGCUGACUUGGACCCUUCCUUGGAUUUUAUGGACUCCCUGGAAAAUGACAUUCCUAAAGGGUCCUGGAGUAUCCAGAUGGAGAGAGGAAACGCACUGGUUGUGCUGCGAAGCUUGCUCUGGCCAGGCCUAACAUUCUACCAUGCUCCCCGGACCAAGAAUCAUGGCUAUAUUUAUGUGGGCACUGGUGAGAAGAACAUAGACUUGCCCUUCAUGCUUUGACUGGGGUGUGCCUCAGCCCGGGUACUACUAUCUAUGCAGGCCAAUUUUAAUAAUGUUUUUUCAUAAACGUAAAUGAAUUUA